UGGCAUAAAUAGUCGUGCGCACGGGCCUUUCGACCCUGCCUUCAUCUACUUUCUAGGCUCUUCAUUCCACCGCGACCUGGCCUCGACUACAGGUAUCUAUAUUGUGCUUUCGGUUGACGAGUGGACAGGAAUCUCGUCAGAAAUUCCUCGACUUCGUCGAAGAGGGUCCCAAGAUUCUACCAUUAGUUACUUCGGUUAAUUCCAUGGUUUCUAGGGAAGUGUGACUGGAAAAGCUCUCAUCGUCGCAAGUCAUACGGCUUUAAAAUCUGCCAACCCUCGUUUUCAAUGGAUUACGGUGCUCCACCUGCUUUUAAACAUUUUUCCUCGGCCUCUUACCCUCCCAUUCAAUCUUUUAAUCAAACUUGCUCUUCUUCUAUGGUCCCGGAAUGUAUCGAAGGAUCAUAUGGGCGGAUGCCCACGGAGUGGAUAAGAAGUGAAGAAGCUUUGCGGAUUCAAACAUCCUGUUUGAAUGAUGAUACCACUCUGCUCGAGGUGAAAAAGCACAUCGAGAACGGCGUAGACAAGAAGACAGAGAAGGAGUACAAGCGUCAAAAUCUUCGCCAAAAACGAAAUUCUGUGCAGGAGUGGUUGAAAAGCGUGGAAGUAGGUCAGGACCCUUCCCUUUUAGGCCCUGUUGGACAUGUGUCGUCCUACGACCGGACAGGUGUAACAACCACACCUCGAGCCUUUUUUAUAGAUAGGUCCGAAACGCAAAAAAAUGAUGAACGGAAGGAGAAAAGAGACAGAAGGGAGAGAAGAGAAAGGGAGAGAAAGCCGAAGUACACGGAGACUACAAAAUCAGUCGACAAAUCUUGCCAUGCUGAUGAUACUUGGGAUUCACAAGGUAUAAUAAACUCAAGGGGAACCACAUCACUGCAUGACCAACCUGCUUUCCGAUCGCUGCGAACUGCCAAAGCCGACAUUCUCAGUGCAGUCACAAGCGUUAUGGCGCAUGUGAAUGACUCGAAGUUACAUCUAGAUGUCAGCAAUUCUGAUUUGCAAAAGAGUACAGGGGCGAGCACCGAUGGGAAUAUGAAGUCUAAGGUGUCCUGCACUGUUGUUCAUCAUGCUUCGUGCUUCGUUCGUGACUCCGAAGAGACCUUGCAUCAGUUUCAAGAACAGUUCGUUAACGCUAGUGGCCCAGACUAUUGGGGACUUCCGGCGUUGGAGGUCGACGAAGGUGCGGAUGCAGAGAAAGAACGACUGGAAGGAGAAGAAGGCGCGGGAAAAAUCAAAGGGUACGAGAAAAUGGGGAUAGAUCUGGCCGUGUCUUCGCCACAUCACUCUCAGGAGCAAGGUAUAGAAUUUCUUAUGAAACCGCUGCAGAAACUGGGUACUGCAGAGAAGAAAAGCACGAUGGCAGCAGAGAUUUCAUCACAGUCUCAUGUCUUAGCUGCGUCCCUUGAGGGUUCAUCUAUAUCAUCUCCCCAGGUGCGAAAUAUGGACUUCACUUGGGAAAGAGAUGAACAAGCACUACUUCCGAGGUCACUCGCUGAAGAAAUGAUGUUUGCAGAACAGGCGCAAGUGGAACAAUAUCAUCAUCAUGACGAGGGAGUGUUCGUUCUUUCGCACCAAAUUCUCGCCGAUGAGGAUGAUGAGGACAUUGAUGUAGUGGAUGCCGAGGAAGAUACGGAGGAAGACACGGAGGAUGCAUUCGAGGUUGUUGAAAUUGAUGAAGGAGGUUCGGUGGUGUUGAAAGAGGAAUCUAAGAGGAAGAGAGGAUCUAAUUGUGACGAUAUCGAGUCAGUGUCAUCUAGCGUUUGCAUUGUAUGAACUGUAUCUUGUAAGUAUAUAUAUCUGGAGUGUAUUAUCGGUAUGUUCUUGUGACCGCGCCUACUUCACUUGAACAAUUCGGGAAAGAAUAGUUUGGUUUCCUUCUUAUCGGAUAUACUGAAUCAAUAUUUUAUCGCCUUUUCCCAAAUUGCGAAUCAAAUCGAACAAAUUGACUUGGGAG